AUGUCUAGUAGUUCUACAAGCGGCACGAAUAAUGUCACAUCUCUUUUCAAGAGGAAGGAAAUCAUCGGCAGGGGGAAGUUUGGAGUUGUGUAUAAGGCGUUCCACGUGAAGACGCAACAAGUGUAUGCUAUUAAGGUUUUAAAUCUCGAUAAUACCGAAGAUGAAGUGGAAGAUAUCCGUAAAGAGAUCCAGUUUUUAUCGUCUUUGAAGCAGACCCCGAACAUCACCCAUUACUAUGGCUCAUAUUUAAUUGAUACUAAGUUAUGGGUUAUAAUGGAAUAUUGUGCUGGUGGUUCACUACGGACGUUGCUACGACCGGGGAUCAUCGAAGAAAAGUAUAUCGGAGUUAUCAUGAGAGAGAUUCUUGUAGCUUUGAUUUCAAUUCAUAGGGACAACGUCAUUCAUCGAGACAUCAAGGCUGCAAAUAUCUUGAUUGCAAACAACGGAAGCGUAAAACUUUGUGACUUUGGUGUUGCCGCACAGCUCUCGCAGUCAAUGUUAAAGAGACAAACAAUGGCUGGUACUCCUUAUUGGAUGGCGCCAGAGGUCAUUAUGGAAGGUGUUUACUAUGAUACCAAAGUUGAUAUAUGGUCUUUAGGUAUUACCGCGUAUGAAAUUGCCACUGGAAAUCCUCCUUACUGUCAUAUGGAGGCUAUCAGGGCAAUGCAAAUGAUUACGAAAUCCAAACCGCCAAGACUUGAGGGAAGGGAAUAUUCUCAGCCUUUAAAGGAGUUUAUUGCAUUAUGUCUUGACGAAGAUCCUAAGGAGAGGCCAUAUGCAGAAGAACUUUUCAAGAGUAAGUUGAUAAAACAAGAGAAGGGCACCAGCACGGUGAUUUUAAAAGAGCUUAUAACACGGUAUUUGCUUUUCAGAGAAAAGAAUGAACAGUAUAAACAUGAGGAAGAAUCUCAUACAAGUUCUAAACAGAAUCCCAAUUCAUCGAUAGAGGGAAAUGCAUCACAGGAUGCUGGUUCAUUUACAGAAAAGGAGCCCGAAGAUAUAGAUAUAAAAUGGGAUUUUGAUUCAUUGAGCUCUAGAGAAUACAUUUUAGAGAAUGAUAUCAACGUGGAGGCUAUACCAGAAGAAGCGGACUGGAUCAAGUAUUCUCCUCAAGAAGUAAAUUAUGCAUAUCCAGAGGAAGAAUACUACAAUUCCAACAAACCAUAUUUCCCAUAUUACCAAGGAUCCACCAUUGGCAGGACCUUUAACAACAAUCCCAAUACGGCUCAUCUGUCAACGAUACAAGCUAAUAACAAUAAUAGCGCCAACCUUAAUGCUACGGCGCCUACAAAUCAACAUAAUACGCAUUUUAAUAAGCAUUAUCAACACACUACAACAGGUACAGCAAAUCAUUUAAGUCGUCACACUGGAACUACCACCCAUGGCACUUCUAAACGGAGCGAAACAAAGGCUUCGAAACAAUUAUUACAAUUGUUUGAGGAUAAGCCUGAAGAAGUGUAUGAUUUUCCCAAGCUGAGUAAGACAGUGUCCUCAUUCAAUAUUCAACCAAAUGGGACUCCUCAUGUUGAUCAUGACAACGAUUCCAGACCUGAUAUGAGAAAUUUGCACAGCCAAAGUACUCCUGCAUUAUCCAUACUCCAAACCAACUUUAAAUCCAACCUUGCUGGCCCAGGAAGUUCAUCAGUGUUACCAACACCGAUAGAAAUUGAAAUUCCAGAAGAAUUACCUGUAAGUAAGGAAUCGGUUUUGACGAUGAAUACGAAGCCAAGGUCCUCCACUGUCUCUUCGAUGUCUCAAAAAGCUACACCAGUAUUACAAAGACGUCCCACUGUGAGCGGACAACCAUCUUCUCAGCUAACGUCUCUUAGGUCGGACAUAAUGAAUGGAAUAAAUACCAAUUCUAAGACUCCAGGAAACGAUGACACAAAUGGAAUCAACGUCCCUUCUACUUCAUCGAACAAUGCUCCAAAUGUGGGAGCUAAGAAUUUAUUCGGAUCGAAUUUGACUCAGGCGAGAUCGCCGUCUCCCACUCGUGCGUUGGCUGACGUUUCACCGGAAAAGAAAUUGUUAGAUUCUGUAUUGCAUCAGAGUGCUGUUUAUAGCAACACUCCGCCUGUUAUGAAGCAAAUGCAUACACCUAAUGAUGUUUUAUUACAAUCAAUGAAUACCCCAGCAGAGAAGAAAGAAACCGAAGGUGAACCAAGUAGGAUCAAUAGAGAUUUCAAAAAGCAACAUCCCCACUUGAAGUUGCAAAUGCCAUCUCCUACUACGCUGGUAGGCUCCAACAAACUACUUGAUUCAACGACGCAGCUUGACGAUGCAUCACACCAACAUCAACCAAAUUCAGCAUCCACAGCUCCAGGCGCCGUCACUGCCCAAACUGUAAAUCAGUUUGGUAUCAACACAAGCAAUGCCCAAAUAUCUGUGGCAAUGACACCAGUGGGCGAAAAACGGUUCGGAGAUUUCACAAAACCAAGAAAGAGAAGCACAAGUGCCAGCACAUCGAGUAGAAAUAGUAGCAUUACCAAUGACCAUGUAUACAACCCCGCCAAUGCUAUUCUAGCCAGCAAUGGGAACAAUAGCGCUUCGGCGACAAAUGGGCCAACAAACAAUGGUGCUUCUGGCACCGCCGCUACAACAACCACAACUACUGCAAGUAUGCUCGCUACGACAGUGAGCUCAACCAAUCCCGGUACCAGCAAUGGUGCAAUAUCAAUUCCUUCAGCUUCCACAUCGGCGGGACCCCUACCAUCCGUAUCGAUGACCCCCCUGAGUAUUCCACCAGGAACCAGUAACACUGCAAGCACUGCUGGUAGCAGCACCGUCGUUGGUGGCAGCGCCGGAGGGAAUAUUUCUACAAUGAGUGCACUUUCAUCAACGACGCCUUCUUCUUUAGGAUUCAUCAUGGAUCCACCUCCGAAGUCAUUAUCCAUGGACAUGUUCAUAGAUGUACAUGACGAUCAUCGUAUCGAUAAGAAACCUAUUGCGUUAUCUGAACUUGACUCCUUACUAAAGAUGUUCGAAGAUGGACUCACGGUGAUAGAACAAACGCUACGGAGCUCGCUUCCUCAGGAUUCCCCAGAAGAGUAA